GAAUACCUACUUAAUCUCCCACAGCCGGAAAAAACCCCAAACUCAAAAACACAGAAGAGAGAGUUUUAGCGAGCGAGCGAGCGAGAGAGAGAGGCAGAGAAACCAUGGAGCAACAUCACGAAGACCACGAGCAUGAAGAACACGAACAAGGUGAGCAUGAAGUUUACGGAGGUGAAAUACCAGAUGAAGGAGAGAUGGAUGCUGAUAUUGAAAUGUCUAGGGUUGACGACGAUGAUAAUGAUCCUAAUUCCAAGGAGAACUUGGAAGAGAUGAAGAAAAGACUGAAAGAGAUCGAAGAUGAAGCUGGUGCACUUCGUGAGAUGCAAGCUAAAGUUGAGAAAGAGAUGGGUUCUGUUCAAGAUCCCAAUGGUGCUGGCGCUACCCAAGCUGAAAAAGAAGAAGUUGAUUCCCGCUCAAUAUAUGUUGGUAAUGUGGACUAUGCGUGUACCCCUGAGGAAGUGCAGCAGCAUUUUCAAUCAUGUGGAACAGUAAACAGAGUGACUAUUUUGACAGACAAGUUUGGACAGCCUAAAGGAUUUGCUUAUGUCGAGUUUGUCGAGGUUGAUGCUGUCCAAAAUGCUCUGCUUUUAAAUGAAUCAGAGUUGCAUGGGCGUCAACUGAAGGUAUCAGCUAAGCGAACCAAUGUACCCGGAAUGAAGCAAUUUCGGGGUAGACGGCCAGGCAAUCCUUAUCUAGGUUUUCGAGGACGGAGACCUUUCCCAGCAGCAGCCCCAUUCUUUCCAUCUCCUUACGGAUAUGGCAAAGCUCCAAGGUUCAGGCGCCCAAUGAGGUAUAGGCCGUACUUUUGAUGGCUCAAUCCCAUCACACCUUCAAUCCCCUUGCCAUGGUCGCAGAAGUGAUGAGACUGAUGGUUUGCUGGCUAAUGUAUGUUGUCUCUUCACUCAAGAAGAGGGGAUUGCUUUGUAUAAUCUGAAGCAAGGGAAGCCCACUUCCCAAAGAAAAGCUUGUAUUAUUUUUCUUCUUCCGGUUGAAGACCAACUUGAUUGUCCAAAAAAAAUUUUUUUUUUCAAAAGAUUCUGCAAGAUAUUUGGAGUCAUUAUGUCUGUCCCUGCCACUAGUAAGUUCCUGUAUGGCUUUAAGUUUAAAAGUAGAGAUGGUGGGUUUCUUUAUGUUAGAACGUAAUACAGUAGAGAGAAGAGAUGGAAGAUCCCAUAUAAGCAGGUUUUCUAAUCUCUGUUUAAUGGAUGGAUUUCUAAUUUAUUCUCAUGUUACGAAGUAGAAAAAAGAUUGCUGCAAGAUUGUAGGUUUUGUGAUUGUAAGGAAGUAUUGCAUGUUACUCUAUCAGUCGGACGUUUUUGGGUUU